AGGGCUGAGAGGGGUGGGAGUCCAGCCGGAUGCACACAGACUCGAGGAGCUGGCGGGUCCUUUUCCUUCAGGUGGAGGCUUUCAUGAGGAGAGAUUCGCGAGUUGGGCCUGUGGAGUCCGCAAAGGAGAAUGCUGAGAGGGGAUCUUGUUAAUGCAUGUAAAUAUCUUCAUCCGAGAGGAUGGUGCCAGGCUGUUUCGGUGGUGCCCAGCGACCGGAAGAACAGUAACUACAAACUAAAACGCAAAAAGUUCCACCUUAACAUGAGGAAGAACUUCUUCAUAUUAAGGACCGCAGAACACUGGAACAGGCUGCCCAGGGAGGUAUGCCCAGGAAUGUCUCUCUCGACAUUCAGACCUCACCUGGACACGUUUCUGUGUCACCUGCUCCAGGUGACUCUGCCUUGGCAAGCGUGUUCAACUAGACGAUACCCAGAGGUCCCCUCCAGCCCUAAAAUUUGUGUGAUUCUGUGAUUUAUUCUACUGUUUGGUAAUUUGACACUUGCUCAGCUAGCCUGUUUGACAUGUGAUUAAAAUAAUAUCACGAAUACAGCUGAAGGAAAAUAAAAGUUUUGGUGCUUUGAAAGUCUAGUUCUAAAUCCAGUGUUGCGUUGCCUUUGUAAUUUUGCUUGGCACGGGUCUUAAGCUGAGAUUGUUAUUAGGGUKUUUUUCUGUAUUUUGCAGGGGUGGUAUGUAUGGCUUGCACGAAGAAACUUUCAGCUUGUUUACACAAUUCAUGUGACUGCCAGCUGCACACAUCUUGUGGAAUCCAGAAGUGUACCACUGAUUUUGUAUCCUUCACUUCACAUCUGAACGCAGCUCUUGAGGACUUUGAUUUGGAGUUCUGCAAGGCCCUGCGGGCAUACUCUGUGUGUACCUAUCGCAAUUCCAAAGUAUGCCGUGGAAACUUAGUCUACCAUUCUGCAGUGCUUGGGAUUGGCGACCUCAUGAACCAGAGAAACUGUACCAAAGAGGGACCCACAUCCUCUACCAACCCUGAAAUGACCCAUGAUCCUUGCAAUUACAGUGGUCACACAGAAGCAAGAGAACAUCAGGGAGGAGAGAAAAAUGCUCCUCUUACUUACCUAUUUUGUGGCUUGUUUGGGGAUCCUCAUCUGAGGACUUUCAAUGAUCACUUCCAGACAUGCAAAGUGAAAGGUGCUUGGCCCCUUAUAGACAAUAACUACUUAUCAGUACAAGUGACCAAUGUGCCUGUGGUCCCAGGAUCCAGCGCUACUGCUACAAAUAAGAUAACUAUUAUCUUCAAAUCAUACCAAGACUGUAUAGAUCAGAAAGUGUAUCAAGCAGUGACUGAUGACUUGCCUGCAGCUUUUGUUGAUGGUACAACAACAGGAGGAGAUGGGAACACCAGGAGCUUGCAGAUCGUGGAGAAAGUCAGUGGCAAAUACAUUGAGAUGUAUGCCAGGUACAUCGGGACCACAGUGUAUAUCCGUCAGCUUGGUCACUACCUGACCCUGGCCAUUCGCAUGCCCCAGGAGUUGGUGAUGGCCUAUGAGGAAAGCCAGGAUCUGCAGCUCUGCGUGAACGGCUGCCCUUCCAAUGAACGUAUUGAUAAGAGUGGCCACUUGCCACUGCCUGUGAUCGGAAAGCUGCUUCCUUGGAGUACUGCUGCUCAUCCCCGAUCAGGGUACACACUGGAAACAGCCACCAGCAAGUGUCACGAGAAGAUGUUUGUGAAGGACAUCUAUUUUUACUCAUGUAUAUUUGAUCUGCUCACCACUGGCGAUGCCAAUUUCACAGCUGCUGCUCACAGUGCCUUACAGGAUGUAGAGGCACUGCACCCCAGCAAAGAACGCUGGCAUAUCUUUCCCAGGAGCGGCGAUGGUGGUGUGGGCAGGAAUAGCAAAUUCUUUGUCAGUCUUGGACUUCUGUGCAUGAACCUUGUUGUGUACUUGUAAGGGUUGUUUUUUUCAGGCUAUAACAAAAUUUUGAAAUACAUAUUGUCAUAAUAUAUUGAAUAAAGAUGAUUAUAUAAAUAUAUACCAUGUAUAAUGAAGGGAUGUUUUUGUCUUGGGGCAUCCACCAAAUUGUACAUAUUAUGUUAACUGUUUUCAUGUAUGCUUGAUUCAGUAUUCUGUGUCUUUUAUAUUUUUGAUUCAGUAACUUAUUUCACAGUUGUUGAAAUGUUUUAUAAUGUCCCUGCAUUGGGACUUGAUAGAAGGCACUUUAUUUUUUACAUAUUAAAUAUUUAAUGUGUAUCUGAGUAAAUACGUAUUACAGAUAAAAUAGUCAAUAUUCUAAAUAGUACUUGGUUUAACACAGUUUUUUAAACUGAAUUAACUUGUGGGUUUUUUUAGAAAGCUUUAGUUAUCAUCAAACAUUAAUAUUAUGAAGCUAGUGAAUGGUCUCUGUAGAAAGCUUAAACUUAGAUGGAACACUUUUUUUUUUCUCCACCAAGCCCUCCAGUUGUCUGUGUUAUAGAAGGCUAUAGAUAUAUAUUUUUUUCAUUGUUUGAAACCCCACAAUGUGUUAGUCUUUGCAAAAUGUUUUAGAUGUGGUUCAUCGGUAUACCAGUAAGUGUAUGUGUGUAUGUAAAAGAGUAGGUGUUCAGUGUGUAACCUUAACCCACAAUAGUAAUUAUUUUAAAUUAUUGUAACAGAAGAGUUGUUGCCUGCCCUGCAGAGGAAUGUCAGUAAUAUGGUGUGAGUGACCCCUGAUGGGAUGGAAGAAAUUGGGGAUGUAGACCACGUACUGGGCAGAUAAUCUAUGAAAACCCCCUCGGAUUGUCUCCUAGCCAAGUAGGAUGGAUAGUUUGUUGGUUAGGAAUGUGUUGAAUACAAUUGUUGCACUUCUUGCAGAUGCUAAUUUCCUUCUGCUAAAUAAGAUACGUAAAUUUAUGACCAGCAUCUGCAAAUCAGGCCAAUUCAUUGAAAAGACAGUGUGUAGGAAAUUAAGAUCAGGAACCAUUCCCUCAGGAUUCCAGUGGUACACUUCCUUUGUAGUGUUUGAGGAGAUUCUUACAGAGCUUUAACACAGUGAUCUGUGUGAAUGCUGCAUCCCUCCUUAGAGGCAUUAUAAAAAUUCUCUUUUCAAGUUGUUGGAGAGCUCUCAAACCAGAAGAACUUUGGAACAGAAAAUUCUUUACUGUAAAACUAAAGAAGAGAUGAUGAAAUUUGAAUAAAUGAUAUAGAAGAGUACAGGGAAUUACAGAACUUUGUGUAACAAGAUGGACUGCUAUGUAUGUAUGUAAUAUUUCAGCUGCAAGGCUAAUCCUCCGCUGUGUGAAGGUAAAUUGAAAGUGCCAAAACUUAAAAGAAAUUAUGUCUGAUACAUACCAAGAAAAAUAGACCUAAUAAACACAACUUUGAAUGAUGCUUUACUAAGCUUGUGUUACAGCUAGAAGUAGAGAUGUGUGAGAAAUAGUCUGAUCUGGUAGAUGUGCAUACAUCAGGCCUUGUGGAAAUGGGUGUAUAAGGCAAAAGGAGCGUUAAAUAUAUAUAUGUUUACUGUACACAGAAGGCAGCUGUCAUACCUGUAGUAGCUUACUCUCAGGGGUGUUGGUCUAACACCAUGAGCUCUGCAGUAGGCAAUGUAACCUGACCAUCAGUAUUUUAAUGCAACAACCAGUCAGCCAUUACUGAUGCUAUCAAUUGCUCCCCUUUKUCUUAAGUUAGCUGAUACCAUGUGUACUAGGUAUUUUGGCUUGCUCAAAAGAGGUUUUUAAGUAUCUUCUAGAGCAUUUCUAGCCAGAUAGUUGUCUGUAGUUGUGGGGUCUGACAACUUCUUUGGAAGCAUAUUGCAGGACUGGCAGAGACUGUAUGCCUAAUCUUUUAUGUACAGAAGAAAGAAGUAGUAGGUUCAAUUGCAUGCUAAACCAAAUUUUUUUUUUCUUUCUGGAAAACAUGGCUGGAAGAAAAAUCUGCAUAGAGCAUCUGUUAAAUGCAACACAGCCCGAGAGUACAACCUUUUGUUCUUAUGGUCAAGUUACAGACCUUAAGUCCUGCAUUUCCUUUCAGACUGCUGCUGUACUGCCAGAAAAUAGAUUACCUACUAUUAACAUUCUCUUUCUUCAGCAUUAUGACUACCACGCAUUUGUUUUAUGAGUUUUGGGGUUCUGCAACUGGCUCUUUACUUAUGUACACUCCAAAGUGAAGCACGCAAUAUUGAAAGCUUUAUGUUGCCUAAUGAGAAUUUCAUUAGUGGACGUGUUUUGAAAAACUGCUCAAGAGUCUCGUAGCUUUCUUUUUUGAGGAGAAACACACAGUUUAAAAUCUUGCAUGUAAGUACAGCUGUUGUAUUUUACAUGAAAUUUUCAUGAUUUGGUUAUUUAAUUCCCAUCUUGACUUCUAUAAAUUUUUUUCUGUCUUUCSUUGUUCCAGCUUAAUAGACUGCUAUCUAUACAAUGUCCAAACAGUAGUAAUUCCGUUUUUUUAGAAGGUAUUCGGUGUUUUUUACAAGAUAAGCAUUCUCUGUAUUGUGCCACUACUUCCCUUCAUCUGUAUUCAGAACAAACAAGGAUUGUGAGGAUCAGUAUUGUCCAUUAGAUUUUACCAUUCAUAUUAAUUAUCUUGUUAUGGAGACCAACAUAGUCACAGAUCAAGUACAAAUAUGCAGGUAAAUUUGGGAUGCUGAUGUAAAACAAUUCCUUCUGAUCUGAUUCAGGAUUCCUUUUGUUUGCAAACUAAACUUCAUUAAAGUUAAAAGCCAUUGGUAGUAAAUCAACUGUGAACGGUAAGAAUGAUUAUAGUCUUUGUG